GCCUGCCUACACACACUGGAGGCGGCGAGGGGUAAAAGCGGGGUUCGGCGCUCGUCAUGGCCUGCUGAGUCGCCGGUUUCGUCGAGCGGCGCGGGGUGGGCCGGGCCGGGGGGAACGUCCGCGAGCGAGAUGGAGGACUUGGUGGAGAAGAGCCAGAGCGGGCCCGAGCGGCGGGCCUACGAGGGAGAGCCGGCCGGGGGGCCCGCGGCCACGCUGGAGAGCUCGAGCGGGGAGGAGGGCAGGGUGGAGUUCGACGACUCGGGCCUCUCCUCCGAGCUGCAGGGGGGCCUGGAGAGGCUGCGGCUGGAGAGCUCCCUCACGGACGUGACACUGCACGUGCAGGGAGAGGACUUCCCCUGCCACCGGGUGGUCCUCGCCGCCGCCAGCCACUACUUCAGAGCCAUGUUUUGCAAUGACCUGAGAGAGAAGCACGAAGACCGGAUCCUCAUCCAAGGUGUGGAUGCGGAAACGAUGAGAGUCCUCCUGGACUACACCUACACCAGCAAAGUGUUGAUCACAAAGCACAACGUCCAGAAAACGCUUGAGGCUGCCAGCCUCUUCCAGUUCCUCCGCAUGGUGGACGCCUGCUCCAGCUUCCUGGCAGAGGCCCUCCUCCCUGACAACUGCGUGGGGGUGCUGCGCUUGGCCGACGCCCACGCGCUGGCGGCCCUGAAGGCCCGCGCCCAGAACUACAUCGUCCAGAAGUUCUCGCGCGUGGUCGCCCACGAGGAGUUCCUGGACCUGCCGGGCGGCGUCCUGGCCAGCCUGCUGCAGAGGGACGACCUGGACGUGACGCAGGAGGAGCUGGCGUUCGAGACGGUGAUGCGCUGGGUGCGGGCGCGGGAGGGCGAGAGGCUGCACCUGCUGCCCCAGCUCCUGCAGCACAUUCGGCUGCCGCUGGUGGACCCCUGGUACUUCGUGGAGAGGGUGGAGGCGGACGAGCUGGUUCGGGGGUGCCCGGAGGCCUUCCCUCUCCUGCAGGAAGCGCGCAUGUAUCACCUGUCUGGGAACGAGGUAAUUUCGGAGCGUACCAAGCCCAGACUGCAGGAGUUCCAGUCGGAGGUCUUUAUGAUCAUCGGGGGCUGCACCAAGGAUGAGCGCUUUGUCUCUGAGGUCACCUGCCUGGACCCCCUGCGCAGGAGUCGCCUGGAGGUGGCCAAGCUGCCAAUCACUGAGAUGGAGGCGGAGUCGGACAACAAGAAGUGGGUGGAGUUUGCCUGUGUCACGUUCCGGAACGAGGUGUACAUAUCCGGCGGUAAGGAGACCCAACACGAGGCCUGGAAGUACAACGCCUCCCUCAACAAGUGGAUCCAGAUUGAAUACCUCACCACGGGUCGCUGGAGACACAAAAUGGCGGUUCUAGGGGGAAAGGUCUACGUGCUGGGUGGAUUUGACGGCACCCAGAGACACAACAGCGUGGAGGCAUAUGACCCCUUCCACAACAGCUGGUCUGAGGUAGCCCCACUUCUGCUGAAUGUCAGCUCCUUUGCCGCUGCAAGCUACGACGGGAAGCUCUACGUGAUUGGAGGAGGCCCGAAUGGCAAACUGGCCACAGACAAGACACAGUGCUUUGACCCUUCAACAAACCAGUGGACCCCCAAAUCACCGAUGCCCAUCGAAGCCAAGUGCACAAACGCCGUGACCUUCAAGGAGCACAUAUACGUAGUUGGUGGCGCCAUGAAGGCCCUGUUCCGCUACAGCCCCGCGGAGGACUCCUGGAGCCUGGUGACGCAGUUCGGCCACGAGCGGGCGAGCUGCGGGAUCGCCGCCUGCAGCAACAAGCUCUUCAUCACCGGCGGGCGGGACGAGAAGAACGAGGUGAUCGCCACCGUGCUCUGCUGGGACCCGCAGGCGCAGAAGCUGACGGAGGAGUGCGUGCUGCCCCGCGGCGUGUCCCACCACGGCAGCGUCACCCUCCGGAAGUCCUACACGCACAUUCGGCGGAUCGUGUCCGGGACGGAGUCCGCUUCAUAGGGAGGGCCGACUCCGCCAGCGUAAAAACCCAAAAAUGCGAGAACAUUUACCUCAGGGAAAGACUUAUUCUCAAACACCAAACCACAAACUUUCAUUGCCAAAUCAUUGCAUUUAUGUGCAAGUAUUGUUUAUAUGUAUUUAUUUGUAACUCAGAAAUACUUUUUUAAAUUUAAUUUUUACAAUAAGGCACAUGCAGAAAAAUGUAAGGGGGUGCAGUUAUCAUGUGCAAUAUAAAUGGGCAAGGGAAGGACAGAGAGGAAGACAUUUUUUUAAGAAUAACUAAUUAUAUGUGCUGUAGUUUCAAACUGAAGGUACUGCUGCCUCUUGACAGCUCUACACACACCAACAUGGAGGUAGUGUGGUGUAGUAUUAAGGAGCA